GAAAGAAGGCUCGCCAACCCCCGUGGUGUGGCGCUUGUGGCAGCAGUCAUGGCGCAACAAUGCCUCUGGGCACCAAGCACGGAGUCCAACACAUUUGAUGAUCGAAAGUCACGCGUAGCAAUCACCCCCACACUAUCUCCUUGCUGACCCCGCCUCCGCCACAGCCUUGAGCAUAAAACAGCAUCAUAUCGUGAAUCUAUCCUAACUCUGCAUCAAAGCAUGGCAGUACCACGAACAGUGUUUCGCGACCGUCUAUCAAUAUCAAAUGAGUUAUACCGUCUAGUCCAAGAUCAACUUUCGGAAGCGCCGCGCACGAAUACCCUCAAUGAUUUGAAGACCACAAUAGAGACGCUCUCUACCUUCACUGGCGCUUGUGAGUCUGUUCUGACAGAUAUCAGUUCGCGAGGGCAGGAGACGGAUCUUCGCACUGCAGUGGAAGGAAUAAGGAAUGUGCUCACAUGGGCUAAGUUUCUCGAUACUAUUAGGACAACUCCCUCCGAUCCUAAUUUUCUCUUCCGUGCACACAAGCACGCGGCUACGAGCCAGCCUACAUUUGUCCCGGACCUGGAUGUGCCUUUCGACCUCGGGUUCAGGCGCACUCACUCCAUCGAUAAAUUCGUAGAGGAUUUGGCCGAACAUCUGGGCAAGACAAGGAAAGCAAAGAGUGAGACAUAUUUCGUGUCAAUGAGUCCAAUACUCGAAUGGACAAUUCACACAGCAGGGCAGAAAUGGAUACAUAGAGGUCAGGAUGAAGUUGGCCUUGCUAUAUUCGACGUUAAGAAGCUGCAGCAGAAUUCGGGCACAAUCAUUUUCCGAGUCUCGGAUGUUCUCAAGUUUCUCGCAGGCGAAGGUAAGGACUCUCUCAUUGAACAAGGUCUCCAACAAUGGGCGCGGAAUUGCGACGAGUAUGUAUCAGUGGGUAAAAUUUCUGAUGAUGGAUUGGUGAGGUGGGUUGCGUGGGAUAAACUAUAUCUGUCGCCUGCAAAUAUCCUUUCAAAGCGGUGCUUUGUGAGGGCUCGCACCCUUGGAGUGUAUCGUAAAUGGAUACAGGAAUACCAACAGCCUAUUGAGCUAGAAGAUAUCUGUCAGAGGAUGGUCGAGUUUGGGAAGGUUCUAGCUGGGCCACAAGAAGAUCUUCUUUCGCCAUUGAUCGAGCUAUUGCUCAAGCCAGGCAUUUUAUUUUGGGGUUUCAUAAAUGAAUCAUCCGAAGAGGUUGUUAUAGCAAGUAUACGAGCACUCGUUGAUGAAACAGGUCUGGAGAGUCUUUCUGGCCUUACGAUUUAAGAUAAAAAUG